CGCGCACAACAGUUCCAUCUCCACUUCUAAGGAUUUUUUAUGAUACACAGUAGCGGCAUAUAUAUGCUACGCGGUGAUCUGUGGAAACACAGAUUGUUUAUUUUAUUAUUACACAUUUGGAAAAAUGUCCCAGGAUUGUUUUCAGUCGUUAAAGAAGUCUACGCUUUGAAUAACUGUCUUUCAGACGUAAACGACACCUGAGGGACUCCCCAGAACCAGUGUGUGAGCGUGGACACCCCCCCCAGAACCAGUGUGUGAGCGUGGACACACCCCCAGAACCAGUGUGUGAGCGUGGACACACCCCCAGAACCAGUGUGUGAGCGUGGACACACCCCCAGAACCAGUGUGUGAGCGUGGACACACCCCCAGAACCAGUGUGUGAGCGUGGACACACACCCUGCCUCGUCAGUUGCGGUUAUUGGAUAUUGUCCAACUGGCCUGGUCCUGAAUCCUGCCAGCCGAGUGGACAACGACCCAGUUCUGUCUCUAGUUUGGGAGACGAGACCAGAUCACAUAAUCUCUGUGACAGCUCUGCUUUUGUUUCUGGUUGGUGACAUCAUGGCCCGUGAUAUCAUGGCCCGCGGGAUGUUGAACUGCGAGGAAGCGUCGGACUUACACACACACACGCCCACUGCUUGUCAUGACACACACAACAUGUCCUGCUGAGAUGUAAGCUGACAGAGAUGGAGCAGCUUCCUGUAUCCUAGUCUCUCUGUGGACCUCCAGACCCUGUAGCCAGCCCUACUUCAGCGCUUACAGUUACGCCUACUCCCCCUUCUACACCUCCUUUUUCUCCUCAUUCUAAGCCUCCUUCUACCCCUCCUUCAUCACCUCCUUCUACACCUCCAUCUACUGCUCCUCCUUCAUCACGUCCUUCUAUACCUCCUUCUACUCUUCCUGCUACUCCUCCUUCUAAAUCUCCUUCUACUACUCCUUCUACUCCUCCUUUAUUUCCUCCCUCUACACCUCCUUCUACUCCUCCUACUCUUCAUUCUACGCCUCUUUCAACUCCUUCUACUCCUCCAACUCGCUGCCCCACUAGAGCACAGCUUACCAAAUGAGGUCAGGAAUACAGCCACUUCUUUCUCAUACAUUGUGAUAGUUGACCGCAGACACCAGGUCUGACCCUGUCCCUGAGUAGAGAAGAAAAAUGGACCGAGGCAGUGGAGCUGUCGCGGAGGUCCGGGGUUGAGUGUGGGGGGCUCUAGAGGGCCUACAGACCCAGGAUGCAGGGGGGGUCUGGUUCGGCCCAGCCCCAGCCACCAUGCCCAUCACCCAGGAGAAUGCCCUGAGACAUCUCCUCCUGCUGGAGCAAUGGCUCCUGGCAGCCCAGACCCAGUACCAGGAUCACUAUCGAGACCCCGACCAGCAGUCCACAAACAGCAGAGACCCAGACCAGCAGUCCACAAACAGCAGAGACCCAGACCAGGACUCCUACCAGGAAACAGAGUUUGAUGAUGACGUCUACAGCACGGUCAGUGACAGUGUGGGCAUCUGUGGCAGCAGUGCCCAUGGGGACAUGUCUCUAUGCCAGGCUGCAAUACAGAAACUCAUGGAGUACAUCCAGCUCAACUUCACAGAGUUUGACGACCUCUGUAGUACCACUCUCAGACCCCUGUGGCCCUCCGGGGGCGUGGACGCAGAGGUCCAAGCCGUGUGCCUCAACAGACGGGAGGGGGACGGGGCAGAGCUGGGACUGAGUUUCGGUAACAUCCCCAUAUUUGGGGAUCCAGAGGGUGAGGGCAGGAAGAAGGGGGGGAGGAGGAGGAGGAGAAAGGGGGACCAGGGGCCGGUGCUGGACGUGGGGUGUAUCUGGGUAACCGAGGUGAGGAAGAGGAGUCCAGUGGCACGCAGUGGCAGGAUCAAACUACGGGACGAGCUGCUGUCACUUAACGGUCAGCUGAUGGUGGGCGUCGACGUCACGGGAGCCAGUUACCUGGCUGAACAGUGCUGGAAUGGUGGCUGCAUCUACCUGAUCAUGCUCCGGAGGAUCAAGCGCAAGGCCCCCCCCCCUCCGUGCAAUGGGAACGGCAGUGCCAUCCUCACCGGUGGGUCGCACCGUGGCUCCACCCACACCCUCGACCAGCGGGCUGGCGCUGACGCCGAGCCUCACGUCAGUCCUCCCGCGCAGAACGGUGGUGGCAAACGGACACGGAAAUUCGGCGUCAUCUCCCGGGCGUCCUUCAGCGGCGACAAGAAAGACAGGAGGAACAGUUGCCAUGACGACGGCGGCGGGAAGACACUGGAGAACAGCAACCACGGCGGCACCACGGUCUCUGCGGAGACAGAGGUUGCAGAGGUCACAGAGAAUGUGUUCCCAGAGGUCAUGAGCAGCCCCGCCCUCCCCACGGACAGACCCCGAGGGGAGGGGUCAGAACCAGGAGGACCUGGGCCCGUGACUGCCCUGCCCCCUCUGACAAUCCCUUAUCACCUCCAGAACGGGGGAGGGACUGCCACCCUCCCAAACCGCUCCCGCAGGGGUCUGUCAGAGCACAAGACUGAGUCCUUCAGCAGUGACACCUCCAGUCAGUCCAGGGAAGGGAGCCACAUCUGGAAGAUGCACAUGUUGAAGGGGGAGGAGGGGCUGGGGAUCCAGAUUACCGGGGGGAGAGGGUCCAAGCGCUCCCCUCACGGCAUCGUCGUGGCGCACGUGGAGGAGGGCGGAGCCACGCAGAGGGAUGGCCGCCUGAAGCCCGGUGAUGAGCUGCUGAUGAUCAACGGUCAGUCCCUGGUUGGUCUGUCUCAUUCAGAGGCUGUAGCCAUCCUCCGCUCCAUCGCUGGACUGGUGCAACUGGUGGUCGCUAGCAGGGAGGAGUCGGAGGUGGAUUUCCAGCGCUACCCAUCCACAAGCCUUCCGGACCUGGUCAGUACCUGCGCCUCCACCUCCUCCACCUCCUCCUCUCCUUCACCCGGCAGCCAUAACAAGGAGAACAUGGAGCCUCAUCACCGUGGGGACGACCUGACGGCGGGGGGGCGCCUCUGCCUCUCCAUGUCCCUGCCGACCACGCUGACUGAUUUGGAGAAGCUGGAGGAGCGAGCCCGGGUGGAGGGAACUAAAGGAACCUGCCGGAGUCCCACACCGAUGAAGUUCAGGAGCAGAUCACAAGGUGGAGGUACUCGACUGGAGUCGGUUGGAGAGGAUGAUGAGCUGAUUGUAGAGAACGGUGAGGCAGGAAGUGACAUGGCGGAGAAACCGACUCGAGGCGGCCGCAAACAUUCCCUCCCACAGCAGUUAGACACCGUUGGCAUUCGCUGUCAGGAGUAUCAGAUAGUUAAGAAAUCAGCGCGCUCACUGAGCACCGUUCAAGUGGAGUCUCCAUGGCGACUGGCCCAGCCAUCUAUUAUCUCCAACAUCGUUCUGAUGAAAGGACAGGGCAAGGGUUUGGGGUUCAGUAUCGUGGGCGGACAGGACUCUGCCAGGGGUAGAAUGGGGAUCUUUGUGAAGACCAUCUUCCCAAAUGGAGCGGCGGCGGCAGACGGGAGGCUGAAGGAGGGGGAUGAGAUCCUGGAGGUCAACGGAGAGUCUCUUCAAGGCCUGACCCACCAGCAGGCCAUUCACACCUUCAAGCAGUUGAAGAAGGGCGUUGUGACCCUGACAGUAAGAACGCGUCUCCGCAGCCCCAGCCUGACGCCCUGCCCCACCCCCACCCUCCUCAGCCGAUCCUCCUCACCCAACUCUAACGCCAGCGGGGGCACCCCCACCCCCUUACCUCCUACCUCUGAGGAACCGCCUGAGGGCCGAAAAGGACCCCCUGGCCCUGGACCCAAAGACCGGAUCAUCAUGGAGGUCACUCUCAGUAAAGAGCCGGGCGUGGGUCUGGGUAUUGGGGCAUGCUGUCUGACCCUGGAGAACAGCACCCCAGCCAUCUACAUCCACAGUCUGGCCCCAGGGUCCGUGGCCAAGAUGGACGGACGACUCAGUCGUGGAGACCAGGUCUUGGAGGUGGACUCAGUCAGCCUGCGUCAUGUGGCUCUGAGUGAAGCCUACGCCAUCCUCAGUGAAUGUGGUCCUGGACCUGUCAGUCUCAUCAUCAGUCGACACCCUAACCCCAAGGUGUCAGAACAGGAGAUGGAUGAGGUCAUUGCCAGGUCCACACACCGAGACAGUCUCAGCAAGGAUGGACACGCCUCUUAUACUUUAGGCCUGCCUUCUAAAAGUCCAUCCCCCACAGUGAAAACCAAACAAGGAGAUGGCUCCUCCCUCAGCUGGACCAUGAAGAGGUUCCUGGAGCCUGCUAGCAGGCAAGGGUCGCUGAGUUCAGAGGCGGAGCUGUCUCAGUACUUCUCCCAGGAAGUGACCAACCAUUCAUCGCUGUCUGAAACCAUGGCGAUGGGCUCAAGUGACGACGACAUGCUUCACAACAGGAGCUGCAAUACCUCGAUUGAUGACACCCCUACACAGUCACAUGGAUGUUUGGGGUUGGAGGUUGGAGAUGUUAAGGGUCUGGUCGGUCCUGUGGGGAUCCGGGGGGUGGAGCGACAGCCCAGUGUGGGUAGUCCCGGCAGCAGCUCUGUCCGUAGCCCGCUGCUCCGACAGCGACGUGUCGUAUGUUGCGAAGACGAGGUCAGCGACCAUGACGACGAGAACAGUGCAGUGACUCCACCGUUCCACCUGGUGGCUGGUCGUGGUACUGCAGCGGCUGUGCUUGCUGACGCAGGCAUUGUGAUAGCCACGUCGUCGGUGGAGGUGGAUGAGGAGAGUGAAGGACCCGCCACCCCUCUCUACGGCAGCUCUCUGGAGUCAGAGGAAGGGGUCGGGAGCGAGUCCCCCUUCAUGCCUAUCCGCCACUCUGACCAGCCACUAGUCAGUGGGGGAGGAGAUGGAGGGUCCUGCUCUACGACGAGCCCCAGUAACCUGGGUCUCAGAAGGGAGCCCCAGGGCCCCGUGGAGACCAAACGCUCCCCGAAGCUGGAGCACAAGGCGGUGACUCGCGUCAAGAGCAUGAUGAGCGUCGAGGCUCCGCCCAACCUGCCGCAGCAGAACCAGAGGCCCAGAGGAGAGGAGUCGCCCACAUCCCCAGUCCAGAGCCCUCAGCCUGGGGCGGGCAGCAGCAGCUCCCUGGGCUGGCCCGGGUUCAACCCUCUGGGACUCUUAAAGAAGGACCAGGCCAGCGGUGAGCCAGCGGGUGUCUCCACCACGGACAAGGUGGUUCUGACCAGGAGGGAAGAGGAGUCUUUCGGUCUGGACCUGGAGAUCAAGUCUUCUCCUCUGAAGGUGGUGAUAACCGGACUAAAGCCUGGCGGAGCGGCUGAGAGGGAAUCCCAGGGCAGGAUGAGUGUAGGAGAUGAGAUUGUGUCGAUCGGGGACAUGCCAGUCGGAUCUUCGUCCUAUCAGGACAUCUGUGAGCUCAUGCACAACCUUCCUGUCACUCUCGUACUUCAAGUUAAGAAGCCUGUGUCAGCUGUAGAUCGCCUGUCCAGCCUCAUGAUGUCAUCUGGGAGUUGUGAUGUCGUUGGGACCUCUAGACUGGAUAAGUCGAGAACUUCCCUGGAGGCCAAUGGGGAAGCUCCAAAUCCAGGACAUCCUUCCCCCUCAUCAGCAGGGAAUCACAAUACCAAACCCACUGUCUUAAACAACCGAAGCACUGAUAUACCAGUCACCUACAUUGAUGACAUCAUAACUGAAAUAAGCUCCUCCAAUGUUAAGAGUGCCCUUUCAAUCAAAGCACCCAAAACCCCUUCAGAAGAACAAUGUUUGGGGUGUAAGGCCGGCACAAUCACUGUGGACAGUAACAACCUUCCAGUGCCAGAGAAUGAUAGCAGCACAGCUCAGGCUGCUCCAUUGCGACCUACUCAGCUGGAUUUCUCUGUCUUGGAAACAGGAAACAAAGGAUGCCUCUUGCCUGUGGGUAAAACAUUCUUGAAUAAUUACUCCAGAAACUUUAGCAAUAACCUCACAGAGGGGAGCACGGAUGAGGGCACGAACGGAGUGGGCGAGGAUCCGGUGGCCGUCACCUCAAAGUGCAAUAUGUACGACAUGGUUGAAGACAGUGAUUCGGAGAGUGAAGACACUGUCACCUCAAACAGCCGCGGUGUGGCCGCCAAUGACAAACUGGUGAGUCACGGUGUUCACACAGAGCCUCAGGACACAGAUUCGGACGAGGGGGAAGUGGAGAUUUGUUACAGUGAGACCCAGCCACCCAACCCACUGAGCCAAAAUGAGCUGACUCACAUAACAGAUGGGCUAUUGUCUGCCCAGGUCCCUACCUCUGACAGCAGCCGCGGUACAAAGGAAACCAGGCCUUUUGAUGUGAUACAACACCCUGCCUCCCCUGUUGUUACUGUCUCUCAGCAUAACAAAGACUGCUCUGUGGUAACGGUAGCUAAAUUAGAGUACAACUCGAACAUAUCCAGCUCACUGUCUCAGGGUCUGCCUGAAGCUCAGUCCUCACGUGCCUGGCUGGCUGUGGAGUCCAACCCUUCCCCCUGCCAAGUGGUGAGUGGUCAGUCUUCCGAAGACAGACGUUCUGAUUUAGAGCCCACUGCACAUUCUGGGCCUUUACAGUGUGUUGUCAGGGGUACCGACAGAGCUUGUGACAGCGUUCUAACACCUGUAACAAAAUCCAGUCAGGCCCCGUCUUUAAGUGUCUGCAGUACCCCAGUGGCUCUGGCUGGCCACAACAUCACGUCAUGGAGUCAAGAGAGGACAGCCAGUUUGGGCGCUGCUUCUUCAGUGUCUUCUGCUUCUGGUAAAAUGUUGAAUAACACGCAAUCAUCAUCUUCAUCGUCAUCCCACUGCGCUGCGACAGUAGAGUCGGAGCCUUCCAACUAUCGCAAUGGGAGGUUGGACAAUUCCAGACCGUCGUUAUCAUCACUUACAACAAGGGAGAGGGAGAAAGAUCCCUCCACUUCGCUGGGAACUGCUGGUCCAUCUCUCAAAAUGCCUGGUCUCAAAUUAGACCUGCCUCUAUCCAGCAGCAGGCUCAAUGACAAAGUCCAAAAGACCAGCACCACUGCACCUAAACUGAAGGGGCUCAGCAUUAAGAAUAAAGGCAAAAGUCAGGAGCAGCAGCUUUCACCGAAAACAGCCAGAGCUGAAAGUCCGUCGGUCCUGAGGAAAGCCAACACCAUACCCUCCCUGCUGCAGUCCCCAAAACUUCAAGCCAAGAAAGUUGAUUCUCCUUUGUUGACCAGAAAGGCAACCUUGGAUUCUCCUCUGCAGACCAGGAAGUUGGCCGUGGACUCUCCUCUGCAGACCAGGAAGUUGGCCGUGGACUCUCCUCUGCAGACCAGGAAGGUGGCUGUGGACUCUCCUCUGCAGACCAGGAAGGUGGCCGUGGACUCUCCUCUGCAGACCAGGAAGGCGGCCGUGGACUCUCCUUUGCAGACCAGGAAGGCGGCCGUGGACUCUCCUCUGCAGACCAGGAAGACAGCCGUGGACUCUCCUCUGCAGACCAGGAAGGCGGCCGUGGACUCUCCUCUGCAGACCAGGAAGGCGGCCGUGGACUCUCCUCUGCAGACCAGGAAGACAGCCGUGGACUCUCCUCUGCAUACCAGGAAGGUGACUGCCUCAUCUAGCAGCUUAAAGACUGGUAAGCAGUUGGAAGGGAGCAGCAACAGUAGUUGCGUCCCCAUUUUACCCAAACUAGGUGACCUUUCCCUGGACAAUGCCACAAAGGCUAUCAUGUCAGCCUCUAAGACCAAUUUAGAGCUCAACUCCUGCAAAGAGGAUCAGACAAUUCCAGAGGUGGCCAAGCCGAAAGAACAACCCGAACCAGCCCCUAUUACCCAAAGGACCUUCAUAGAAGUGCGACUCUCAUCUUCCUCCUCAACUCUCUCUUCCUCCGCAUUAUCUACACCAGUUCUAAUGCGAAAGCAGACUGUGAAAUCAAAGGAUUACUCAAUCACAGAAAUUACUCACACCCAAGAUAUAAUAGCACACAAGGACCAAAUCAACGGCGGUACAGCAGAUGCAAGUCGAAGACCAGGAACACCUGCCCCUCCUGGCAUUGAAUGUAAUCCAGAAAAUGUCCACAACACUCCCAAGGAUUCAGCACUGAACUCAGUAGUAAUAGAAGGCAUCAGUGGAGAUCUGUUGCCUAUGAGUAGUAGUCCUGUAAAUGUCUGUCAUAGAAACUCCAGUCUAACUGAUAUUGGUUUGGAAAACAAAGCAAACAAGUCCAAACUAAAGGUGACAGAGCACCGCAGUGGCCCUACAGACAAUUAUACCCCCAUGGACCCCAACUCCUUCUCUGUCCGACAGAGGAUUAAGUCCUUUGAAAACCUGGCAAGCUUCGACAAGCCGGUGCUAAAGUCCAUUGAGAUCCAGUCUUUUGCUCAAUCCUAUGCUCUGACUACUGCUUCAAAGCCGCCUCUCAACCGGAGACUGUCGGGCUACAUGUCCGGCUCGGUGAACUCCAUAGACUGCCGCUCGCUAAGGAGGAGCUUUAGCUCUUGCGUCGACAACUUUAAUGCAACAUCUUCCUUGACCCCUUUGUCCCCUCCGCUUUGCAAGUCACCAUCAAGCUUGACUCUAACAAACUUUGACCUGUUGACUGAAAGCUGCAGUGCCCGAGAAGCUCCUGUCAGUCAAACCCAGGAAAAACUUGCAGACAGUGAAAUCCCCAAAACACUUACCUCGGGGGAUGAGACCCUGAUACCCCAGGCACCCCCUGUUCUUCGGUGCCGCCAGGCCCGAAGCCACACCCACCUGACUCGGUCCAGACUAAGGGAGCUCAGGGCCCUUAGCAUGCCUGAUCUGGACAAGCUGUGCACCGACGGCUUCUCCAGCGACCCGGGGACCAACUCAACCUUUAAGACCGAACUGGAGAUCUACCCAGCCAGACCCACAGAGUCUCUCAAGACAGAGGGUUGUUCCACUUCCGCUACCCCCGCCGGGGUGCCCUCAACCAAGCCGAACCAGACCGACAAUGGGGCCAACCAGGACCUCAUGCAGGGGAAAUCCAAUGGGCAGCAGGCAGGUGGCAGGAACUGGUCCAUCAGUUUGACAGCACUAGCCGGCUCCCCAGUGGAACAGAGCAAACUGCAGGCCAUCCUGGUCUCCCUAACCACUAAGACAGACGUAUUGGCCCUGUUACAGGAGGCUAAGGCCCUGUCUGAGGUGACUGAUGACACUUACUUUGUGGUGCUCACUAAAGAGGAGGGCUCUGGACUUGGUUUCAGCAUCGCUGGAGGAGUGGACCUGGAGCACAAGCCCAUCACAGUCCAUCGAGUCUUCUCCAAAGGGGUUGCUGGUAUGGAAGGUACUAUACAGCGAGGGGACAGUGUCCUGUCCAUAAAUGGAAGCAGCCUGGAGGGGACGUCCCACGGAGAGGCCCUGUCCUGUCUUCACCAGGCCAGACUGUCGACUCGGGCUCUUGUGGUCAUACGCAGGGAGAAGGACAGUGAGGGACAGACGUCCCCAAGGCACCUUGACCUCUCCACGUCACUCCGCUCUGGGCGCAGCUACUCCCUGGGCUGCAGAGAGAAUGGGCCUGAGAUGGCUAGGGGAGUUGCGGUGGAGGUGGGUCCUGACGGAGCUCUGAGGGUGGAGCUCAUGAAGACAUCAGCUGGUCUUGGGUUUAGUCUGGAGGGGGGCAAAGCGUCUGCGCACGGAGACCGACCCCUCAAUGUCAAACGAGUCUUCAAAGGUGGUGCCGCUGAGCUGUCGCGGGUGGUGGACGUGGGGGAUGAGGUCCUAGAGGUUAAUGGGCGUUCGCUGCAGGGCUUGAUGCACUACGAUGCCUGGAAUAUUAUCAAAACUGCCAGCGAGGGCCCUGUGCAAGUCGUCAUUAGGAAACCACGGACCUCUGUAUGAAAAACACCAAACAGUAAUUUAUUGUGGAACUCGUAUGAUGGACCAGACAAAUCUCAUAGAACUGAAAUUAUGGACCGGACAAAUCUCAUAGAACUCAAAUGAUGGACCGGACCAAUUUCAUAGAAUUCAAAUGAUGGACUGGACAAAUCUCAUAGAACUAAAAUGAUGGACCGGACAAAUCUCAUAGAAUUCAAAUGAUUGAUUGGACAUAUCUUGGAUCUCAUGUGAUGGAUCAGAAAUAUCUCAGAACUUGUAUGAUGGACAAGACAUACAAGACAAAUAUGGAACAGACAUAUGAACAGAGACACGGAAUGAAAGGAAUUCCAGAUUAUUUUGUACGACGGGAGACCCCAAUACUUUGUACUUUUUUACUGCGUCAUUUUGGGGUGAUUAUGGUGUUUUUACUAUGAACUGGACUUCAGACAGGUUUACUUGGUGGUGUUGUGGUUUGUAAUGCAGAAUUAAACCAGUUAUUAAUAUAGCAUGUAGUUUAGUAUAGUAUAAUUUGGUUUUCUAUAGUUUUACUUUGAAUUGCAAAAGACAAUCCUGCUGUGGCCUCAUUCUCUGGUUAGAUUUAUAAACAUGCAAAAUAAGGACAAUUAUCGAAGGACUGUUGUUAGCAUAAAUGCUAACUGGCUAGGAACUGCUGAUCAACUGCCCCUUGUGUACAAUAAGCUCAAUAAAUCUUUUUUAUAUUUUUUUUAUUAUUAAAUUAUCUCUCAUUAUAACAGUCUUUUAGACCUUAUUUGAAACAACCCUGUAACAAUCUCCUUUUUACAGUAUAAAGUUUUCAGUAUAAAGUUCUGUGCUUGGAGUAACAUUUCUACUUUAUCAAUGUAUUUGUACACAUAUGUAUGUCAAGAGAUAAUCCAUAUUCAGUUGUCCAAGUCCACAGGUGUUUUCCAUUUAGGUUUCUGACUGAAAGUACCACACAAUGUGAUUGCAUUCAUGUGACAAGUCUUACAGUAAAAGCUGUUUCUGUACACAGCGUGUAAUCGUAAACCACAGUUACAACACCACCAGCUCUUACAUUCUGAAGCACAACUCUGUUUCAAGGUGCACUUUGUAAAUAGUGUGUUAUUUUGAAUGUAAUUACUUUAGUUGUAUUAUACAUUCACACAUUUUUUUUGGUAAGAUGUGCAUUUGAAUUACAUAGACUAAAAGUCUUUCUAUUUUUGUUUUCAUUUGAAUUAAAACUGUCAUUUUAAAUUGUAAUGGCUGAUUGCUUUGUUGUGUAUGCUAGAUCAACACAGUGACAUCUAGCAAAAUAUUAACUAUGAGACUUCAAACAUUAUGCAGAUAUUUUUAACUGCAAUGUGGAAAAAUAUGAAAACGCAUGGAAUGUCUUAAAUUCCUCAAUCUUUGGAUUAAUUUAAUUUUGACAAGAACUGAUGUUGUUGCUUUCGAAUAUAAUGCAUAUUUUCAUGACGAUGAAGCUAUAAUUGAACCUUUGUUGAAUUCAGGUUUUUCUUCUGCUUGUUAAUUAUAUUUUCUAGUGUAAAUCUUUUGCAUUUAGUUUUGAUUUUACACAACUUAACUAGUCAUACAAAAGUGUUCCUUUGUUGGGUUAGCUCAUAACAGUGAGAUAGUGACCCAACAUCUUAUUUCUAAUAUAGCACACAACUAUUCACUCCUGAGCCCUAUGGGUCUGUCCUAUGGAAAUGGGUCUAAAGUAACGCACUGUAUUGGCAGUAACGUACAAUUUGGUUUUCACUGAAGUGCACCCAGAUGAUUUGGUAUUCACUGAAGUGCACCCAGAUGAUUUGGUAUUCACUGAAGUGCACCCAGAUGAUUUGGUAUUCACUGAAGUGCACCCAGAUUAUUUGGUAUUCACUGAAGUGCACCCAGAUUAUUUGGUUUUCACUGAAGUGCACCCAGAUUAUUUGGUAUUCACUGAAGUGCACCCAGAUGAUUUGGUAUUCACUGAAGUGCACCCAGAUGAUUUGGUAUUCACUGAAGUGCACCCAGAUGAUUUGGUAUUCACUGAAGGGCACCCAAAUUAUUUGGUAUUCACUCAAAUCCACCAUAGCAAUGUUUACGCUGUGUCUUAAUUUAUAACAUAAUCUCGUACCUACACACUUCUAAACACUCAAAACAUGCCUGUGUGGGGUUUCCCUGGUGGCUGUUAUCCCGUGCCCUGUUAUUUUUAGUGCCCUGUUGUUUUUAAUGCCCUUUUGUUUUUAGUGCCCUGUUGUUUUUAUUUCCCUUUGUGAAUACUUCACUAUUGGUUUGAUUGAGUCUUAAGUGUAUGGCGAGGAUCACAGUCAAAAUGGAAAUUUGGUUAAACUUUUACUGUCCUUAUAAGGUGUCUUAAAAAAGUGGGAGUACUGAUGUAGGAUCAGUUUCCACUUUAGAUUAUAAUAACGGUGAUAAACAUGAUGGACAGAGCUGAUAUACACAAGAUUAAUUAAAAAUUAAUCAUGUACAUACAUUUGGUGUCAUUAAAGCAUGUCUCACUGCCUACGCUAA